AUGUACAGAAUAGACGUUUCAGAUUUUUAUGACUUCCAAGCGUUCAGAAAUAUGUGUCCAUUUAGAGACUAUAACAAAGCAGUCGAGAAUUUGAAACGUUUAGUCAUUUACGUCGACUCUGCCCCAGAAUGUUAUGUCAUGAAAGAAUGGGAUGUUGUCUUUAACAAACCAAGAGCGACAAUAGUUUCAGAACAAGAAUGUAAACAGAAACUUAAGAAAAUAAAAGUCGUACAAGUUGGUAUGAAGAUGUUAGAUGCUUGGGAUAUCUUAUUGUCAAAGUUAGAAGAUUUUUCAGUUCGUGGUAUAAAGUUCUAUACACCUUCUCCAAACUUCUAUUCUAUCUUCACUGGAUAUAAAUACGAACAAGUAGAAUGGAAAGAAAAUGUUAUAGAAGCUUGGUUAGACCAUGUCAAAGAAAUUAUAUGCAAUGGAAACGAAAGAGUCUAUGAGUAUAUCUUAUGUUGGUUUGCAAACAUCUUACAACAUCCAAGUGCUAAAAAUGAAACUGCUCUCAUCAUAAUUGGAAAACAAGGAACAGGUAAGAACACUUUCUUUACAGAUAUUUUGUGCAAACUGUUAGAGGGCUAUUCGAACCCUAAUAUGACAAACUUAGAAAACAUCUGCGGUAAAUUUAACUCUUCAAUAGAGAAUAUGAAACUUAUAGUAUGUAACGAACUUCAAAGUAUAGAUACAACAAAGGUUUUGAACUCAGAUGCUUUGAAGAGUCUUAUAACAGACAAA